UGUGAACUUCUUAAUUUAAUGAAAAUCAGAUACGCUGCAUAUCUGCUCAGAUAAGGACUACAGAUAUGAUUGUUUUGUUGGUAAUUCUGCUGUUUAUCCACUGCAGAGCAACCACACAAUCGACAAUCUUUAUUGAACCAGCCCCAAUUGCAAAUGCCACUUAUGGAAAACCUCUGAAUUUCAAAUGCACAUGUCCAGACCCCUGGCAAAGUGCCUCGCUAAAGAUUCCCGGUGAAAAUGGAUUCAAAUUUGCGAUAUUCAAAGAUUUCUAUUGCCAAGUUCCAAUAGACAAAGAAAGGUUAUAUAGCGUGGCUUGUUCUGGAGACACGAUAACAUUUGGAAUUCUCCAUCCGGUGGACAACGUAACAUGGCAAUGUAUAUUUGCAAACAAUUCCGUUAAUAUUGGCAACAACGUUACCAAGGUUAAUAUCAAUCCAGAGAAGCCCAACAUUACAAUGCAACAAUGGACAUAUGUCAUACAAGAGGGCGAAGAUGUUUCCAUUCCUUGCAAUUUUAUUGGUAACCCUAUAUCAAAUGUAACAUGGGAACAUAACAAUAGCACAAUAAAGUUGUCGGACUUGCGUCAACCUUUGACCUUGAGUUUAAAAAAUGUAUCAAGGUCAGCGGCAGGAGAUUACACAUGUAAAGUGACUGUAAACUAUAAAGGAACAUUCUUCGCCUCAGAAACAGUCAGCUUAGUUGUGGAAUAUCCACCAACACUUAAACCCAGUAAUAAGACCACCGUACGCGAAGGAACGAGUGACGUCAGGCUUUUCUGUGAUGUUGUCACAGAUGGAAAUCCAGCAAAAUACAGCAACCUAAUAUGGCAACAUUGGAUCGGCAACACGUUUAUUAGGAAACUUGAUCCUGACAACCUUCCAAAUGACUCUCCUAUCAACACAUUCUCACUCACGAUGCAAUCAAUUUCAUUUAAUGAUAUCGGAACAUAUGUUUGUUUGACGACGAGCAGUGGCGUGGGUGGAAACAUAACACAGUCUGCGAGCACAGAACUGGUAGUUGAAGCCAUUCCAAGGAUUCCUCUAACGACAAAUAUAUUUUAUGGACAAGUGGAGAAAUCAUUCGAAGUUCGAUUAGAAUGCGUUGGUAACCCUCCGGUUUCUUCAUUAAAAGUGAAUACAAAACUGGAAUCGAGUCCUCCGCCGUUUUACAACAAAACAGAAAUAGAGAAACCUAUAAGGUUCUCAAUUUAUGAUACAGAAGUUGUCAUGAAUGGAAGUAUUCUUGAGUUGAAAUUCGGAAUUUUAAAAAGCAAAUUCAAUUCAACUUUUGUGCUGUCUGCUGAAAAUCCCGUCGGGAUCAAAGAAUAUGUAUUUUUGGUUGAAGCAUAUUAUUUCCCAAUCGAACCCUUCCAUAUCCAUAUUAAAGAGUUUAAAACCUAUGUCUCGUUGGAGUGGAAAGGAACUAUCCCAGAUCUAGAUAUGAAGUAUGAGAUUGUAGAGAAAAACAUUUCUGGACACGAUCAAGUAGUUUACAGAUUGCCGGGAUCGAACUUACCAUCUUAUACUUAUUCAAUUACAAAUUUUGCUACAAAGAACACUGACAGUAUCAUCCAAAUAUGUGCAACAAAUGUCUUAGGAAAAAACUGCAGUUCUACAUUCAAAGUCAAACACAUCGAUCCAGAUUCCAAAUCAAUAGUUGAGAAAUACUGGAUUACCAUCGUUGUCGUGUGUACUUUUGGUCUCCUUAACCUCCUUCUUUGCACCUUGUGUAUCAUAAAACGAAGACGUAGAAGAAUAAAGAGAAGUUCGAGACUUCUCUCUUUGGAAAGACACCAGAAUUCUUUGGAAAGAAACAAUUAUGCUCAUUAUGGCAUACCUAAAGACUCAAAAGACAUGAAGAAAAUUUAUGACGGCAUCAAUCCUACAUUUGAUACCUAUCUAACACCAGAUUUGAUGACGUCACAAAAAUCUGGCCAUGCAAACCAUCGACUUAACGCUGAUGGAAAUGAAUAUGCAAGCGUUGAUGAUCCUGCAAUUUUGAAAAUGAACUCCGAACGGGACCACUAUUUUGAUUUUAUUUUAGACAAUGGGGUAUAUCCUGUAGAUGGCGAUACCAAGGGGAAAAACGGAGUGCCAAAACUUCCUUAUCGACCAAACACAAAAGAGAGCGACUAUCUAACGGCUGGAGAUCAAAUGGAAGAGAAAGGCUGGGACAAUGAUGCAGUUCUAAACUCUGAUACGUCCCCAAGCUUACUUCUGGAGAUUCCGCGACAAACAGAGGAGAGUGAUAUUACGCAGUAUCUAACCUGCUCGGCGGGAUACGAAAGGGAGAAACAAAGAAAUGUGGACUGGUGGACACAGGCAUAGUUACACUGAUUGACUAAUAUGUUGAAAACCCCACCUCCUAUAAAAUACUUGUUUUGUAUUGUCAGAUAACCAAUUGUGACAUAAAAAAAUCACUCUUGACAUUGUCAAUUCGUAUGGGAUAGUGAUGGAAACAUAAAACAUUAGUUGAUAUAUUACGUCGAAAGUGUUUCCGUUUUUCAAUAAUACUAGUAUGUAACAACGCUUUAAUUACAUAUUUGAAAUACGUACCUGUAAAUAUUGUAUAUAUUAGUCCUAACGAUGUUACUAAAUUAUUUAGAUACUGUAUAUACGGUUUUGAAUUCGCGUUGUUAUGUUUGCUAAAUACAUGUACCUUGAAUAUUUAUUUUGAAUAACUCAAGUCGUAAUCCCAAAUUGUAGAGUACUUCAAAAAGUUGUAUAAGUCAAAGCAAUAACAUUUAUUACAUUGCACAAUGUAGCUGAUGCCAUAUAUUUUUUUUAAGAUCAUGGUUAAUUUUAUCUUCUCACUGUUGCAGAUCUAUCUAAUGUAUAUAAACUAGAUAUCAAUAUAUGGCUUGAUGUGUAUUUAAUUAACUUAAACAUUGAUUUUUUUUUCUUUUGCUGAAAUUGAUAAAGUUUUUGAACUGGG